GAGGUGUGAGUAGGGGACCUGGGAGAAGGAGAGCCAGUGCGUUGAGAUGAUGUCAUAUGGAUGGCAUUUAGGUAGCUCCACGAUUGAUUUUUCCCAGACUUGCGUUCUACUUAAUUACAAAGGGCUUGAGCCAGUGACAGUCCAGGAAUGGGUGAACUACCUAUCUCCCACCACCAGCAGCACUAGGGCCAAGUUACCCUCUAUGGAAUCCACAUUUGUAUUGAACUAUGGCUGGCACAGUGCUCGGAGUGGGGGCUGGCGUGUUCAUCUUAGCCCUGCUCUGGGUGUUAGUGCUGCUGCUGUGUGUGCUGCUGUCCAGAGCGUCUGGUGUAGCGAGGUUCUCUGUCAUUUUUGUAUUCCUCGGUGCUCUGAUCAUCACAUCAGUUCUGCUGGUCUUCCCUCGAGCCAGUGAAGUCCCAGCCCCAGAGGUCGAAAUGAAGAUUGUGGAUUCCUUUUUCAUUGGCCGCUAUGUCCUGCUGGCUUUCCUCACUGCUGUCUUCCUUGGAGGCCUCUUUUUGGUUCUCAUUCAUCAUAUCCUGGAGCCAAUCUAUGCCAAACCACUGCGGUCCUACUGAGCACUAUUCAGGAAAGCCAAGACCCUGUUCUGUCCCUUCGCUUUUGAUGUCAUUAAUGAGCAGAAAGGUACUGUUCAGAGCCUUGUUUUGACAGCCUUCAUCCUUAAGAUCAGAGAAAUAUCCAUUCAUGACUAGGAUAAAUCUCUUGAAUCCUGGAUUCCAAAAAUGGGGUUGCAAAAUUGGCCCUGCAGAGGCGAUUCUCACCAUCUUCCGAGGGAUACUGCUAUCUUCUUAGCACUUGUUCCUCAGGUUUUCUGUUUUGACAGGGAAAUAAAGAUAGUGAUCUGCUUCUGGUAGAUUUUCAAUCAAGACAUCAUUAAGUGGAUUUUGGGAAAAGGAGCACUUUGGCUUCCCCUGUCCAGUAGACAGAAGAAUCUCAUCCUUUUGAUAAUACACAAGAUUCUUAGUUACAAGGUUGGGAUCAGUUGGAAAGGAAAGGCACUCCAAGUUCGAAAGCUUAUUUUAAUGUGAUGAGUUGGAAGACUUACCCAGAUGUUGGUUGUUGACCAGUGUGCAUAUGGUGUCACAGAAUCUAUACAAGCAAUGGGUGUCACUUCUCUCUGCUAUAAUAAAGCAAUAAACAACCGAAGGACCGACUUUCACCUCAGACUCUUGGCCAAGACUUUCUCAGUCUAUAUUCUAUAUUUCAAGUUUGCUUGGGGAUUAGAAGAAGGGUAUGGAAAUGUUGAUUGUUUGUCUUGUUUCUGUGGAUCUCUGGAUUCUUUCAGGAUUUGAUAGCCUUUGUGUGCCUUCUUUAAUUACUAUAAAGUCCAUUUUGGAUUAUUA